AUGAGUGCACAACACGCGCGCCCACCGACUCGACGACCUCCUCUUGGAGAAGCAACUCGGCGGGUCAACAACAAUCAAUCGGGUAGCCAAAAGUUACAAUCAAAAUCUAUACCAACAAAUCAUGAUAGUUUACGACAAGACGGUUUACUACAAGUUUACAGCCAGGCUUCUCCUCCUCCAAGCGAACAAUAUUCAUACCGCGACGAUCCUCGAAUGGGCUCUCCUGUGUCCAACGUCGUCAAUCCUAGGCUCUCUGCUAUAUCGAAAGAGGCUGCGACGGAUUCCAAACGAAGUUCUCAAAUUUCGACCGCAUCCUCUGCUGCUUCUGAUGGUAAGAAUAUCAAGAAAUUUAUUGGUCCGUGGAAGCUGGGUAAAACCUUGGGGGAGGGUGCAACGGCACGGGUACGUCUUGCAAAGAAUAAAAAUACACAUCAAAUGGCAGCUAUCAAGAUCGUCCAAAAGAAGAAUGCCCAGUUGUCUCAGGCGGGAAGUCUUGCAAACCUGGAACAUUCGGAACAGCUACGUGAUGAAGGCGAUGGUGUGCGGAGGAUGCCUGUAGGCAUUGAGCGCGAGGUAGCAAUCAUGAAACUUAUCCAGCACCCGAAUAUCAUGAAAAUUUAUGACAUUUGGGAGAAUCGUACCGAAAUAUAUCUAGUUCUUGAAUAUGUUGACAAUGGUGAGCUUUUCGCUCAAAUCGCAAACAAUGGAAGACUGUCCGAAGAGGUCGCAAUGAAGUAUUUCCGACAACUUUUGAGUGCUCUGGGAUAUUGUCACUCAUACAAUAUCUGCCAUCGAGACUUGAAACCCGAAAACAUCUUGGUUACGUCGACAGGAGACAUUAAAAUCGCGGACUUUGGGAUGGCUGCGCUACAUCAAGGACCAGAUCACAAAUUAAGAACUUCUUGCGGAAGCCCACAUUAUGCUGCACCGGAAUUAGUUGGCGGACAAAAAUACCGUGGGGACAAGGUUGAUAUAUGGAGCCUGGGCGUAAUUCUCUAUGCUAGCUUAUGUGGACGACUUCCAUUCGACGUCGAGGGUGUUGGCAAUGAUAGAGAUCGUCUUAAUCCAUUACUCAGCAAAAUUCGAAAAGGAACUUAUGAAAUGGCCCCAGAGUUUACCAAAGAGGCCGCAAAUCUAAUUUGGAGAAUAUUGCAAGUAAAUCCAAAAGAGAGAAUUGAGCUCAAACAAAUCUGGAAGCACCCUGUGGUUAGAAAGUACGAUUACUUGGACAACCUUGGCGGCGGUGAAAGUCUCCCGUCUCUUAACCUUAAUGAUUGCGGACAGCCAGUGCUACGCCGAAGCGAUGUUGAUAAGGAUUUGUUGAGGCAACUAUGGUCCAUGUGGCACGCAUACUCCGAAGAUCAGCUUAUUGAAGCACUUUUGAGUCAGAAACCGAACGAGCAAAAGCUCUUCUACACCUUAUUGUUAAGAUAUAGAGAUGCCCAGCUUGAAAACUAUGAACCCGAGCUGAAUUAUUCCAACAGUGACUAUCAUCACAUCAGACCACCUACGUUGACAAAAACAUAUUCUACCUGCCACUUUCCACCACAGACGGGAAAGGGUCAUUGCCGCCAACAGCCUUCAAGGUUUACUGUAGUUAGUAAUAGAUCCGAGAACACUUACGAUCCUUUCAAUGCUUCUCGACCACAGCACCUUGAUUCAUGCAGAUCUGAUGAUCAGAUCAAGGUAACCGUUCAUGCUCCUCAGAAUGAAGAACAUAGCCGUUACAGACCAACUUCUCGAAUGACAACUUCUAGGUCCGUCAGCGAUCGGGGUAGACUACAAAAGCCUGUGUCUCGGGUAUAUGCAUCCCGCAGUUCACUUGCUAGCUCUACACGAAGUCGAGGAAGUGCUCCUUUCCGAGCUACGGUAGGACACAAACGUGGUGUGGGUUUCUCACACAUCAGGAGACGAUCAUUGAGUAGUCAAAACAUCAUAUCUGGGGAUAGUCCGUUGGCUUCCACGGCAGGAAGAGUGGUAGGAGCUGAUGAUGGAGCCCCUUCGCGUUCUGAUUUUGAGCAUUCUACCUCAACACGUUACAUCCGGUCGAGAAAGCCACAAUCAACUAGUACAAAGAUUACUACUACUAUGCAAAAAUCAGGACGGGGCAGUAUAUUAUGGAAAGAAGAUGUUCGUCAACUGAGCAGCAGCUUGGCCAAAGACUGCGAUGAAGCAUUCAACAGAUCUACUGUCGUCUCAUCAACUGGCUCCCAGAACAAGUCACGAUUUUCUGUGACCCCAAGCGUGGCUACUCGUACCCCAUCGCCUAUAAUUACUGUGUCAGAGACAGGUCGGAAGGCUAAACGCGAUUCUCUAGACUUACGACCGCUACCCCCACCACCUGCUCGAUCAGAUUCUGUCAAGAAAGAACUGUUGGAAGCGCGCAGGCAAGCUACACUUCGACUGACUUCCGGAGAAGAUUCACCUGGAUACAUAGAUCGCAUGGUAUCACAUAUCGAUCGGCUAAUGUUACCUCCAUCUCAAUCCCCUUUGCAAACACGCCAAGAUCGUCGAAUAGUGUCUGCACCCGCAGAUACGAAACAGAGAAAUUCUACACGACCAUUACCUGCGAUUAAUGAGGCAUAUGCUGAAGAGCUAUCUCCCCGAAAGGUGGAAUCUGAUCGCAUUGCAUCAGCUCCCGAGCCUCGUACAUUGAAGAAGAGUUCAAACUAUUUCAAUGAGAGAGAAACAAUCCGGGUAGUCAAUGCCUCUGCUGCAUCUUUUAGUCCUGUCAAAGCUCCAGCGCCACUCACAAUCCGAAAGAAAAGCUCGCAAGGUGGUCAAACGAAGACCAAAAUGGGACAAUCAGGACCAGAGCCUCUCGAUAACUCUCUCAAGAACCAAUCAUCUGGUCUGGGAUUGCGACAACAAUAUUCUGCCGGCUCGAAGGUGGAUGUUGGUCCAGAAUUAUCUCGUAUUGAUGAGGACUCCAAUAUGGACGAUUCAUUUGCUCAAGACAGUAAUGCCGGCACCAUAGUAAAGAAGCGUUCAGGUUGGUUUAGACGUAACUCCAAAGCCAGCGAUGAGGGCGAAUCUAGAAGUUCCUCAACAGUAGGAAAUGAUACGAUGCUAUCCCAGUCAUCAAGCAAGAGUGGUGGCCGGAGGUCAGAGCCAGGGGGGUUUCCACCAAUGCAACCACCAAAGAAAAAGGGAUUCAAUCUUGGUAGACUCUUUAAGAAAAAACUACCAAAAACCGGCAUGACUGUUGCUACAAACGAUAUGUUCGACGAGGAUAUGAGUAUUCAAGAAUCUAUUGCAGAUUCUCGACAACAUCGUCUGAGCCGUACACAACAGAACACGAGAGCACGCCAGAUCGAGCCGCAACAGAACUGGCUAGCCAAGUUAUUCCAUGUGAAACCCGCUUCGAAAUUUAUUUGUUUUUCCGUUUCGAAACGUGCGGCAAGAUUAGAGAUUGCCAAGGUACUGAAAGAUUGGAAAAGAUAUGGCAUUAAAGAUGUUCAGGUCGAUAAACAAAGGAACAUAGUCUUUGGCAAAGUUGGUGCAGACAACUUCUUGAAUUUGAAAGAGGUCUCAUUCGCCGCCGAGAUCCUGACUGUUUUCGAGCAUUUGGACCGUGGAAAAAAGACUAAUCUCGCUGUAGCACGAAUUACACAAGAGAGAGGUGCCGCAAGCAGCUUUCAUAAAGUUGUAGAAACUCUAGAUUCUGUCCUACAAGUUCGUGGAGUUCUCGUCACGGAUGAAGAAAAGAAGAGAAUGAUGGUGAGGACAGUAAACUCCAUGAUAAAAGACACCGUUAUAUCUUAG